CUCUCUCCCGCUACACCCCACCCAAUCAGUCCCCGUCAACCAGUCCCUCUCUCUCCCGCUACACCCCACCCAAUCAGUCCCCGUCAACCAGUCCCUCUCUCUCCCGCUACACCCCACCCAAUCAGUCCCCGUCAACCAGUCCCUCUCUCUCCCGCUACACCCCACCCAAUCAGUCCCCGUCAACCAGUCUCUCUCUCUCCCGCUACACCCCAUCCAAUCAGUCCCCGUCAACCAGUCCCUCACACUCCUCUACUCACUCCGCCUCACCCAACUCACCCCAUCCAAUCAGUCCCCGUCAUCCAGCCUCUCUCACUCCUCUACACCCCUCUGCCUUAGUUCAUCCAUUCCCACUCAUCCAGCCCCACGCCCUACCUCAUAUUGCUUAGCCCCACUCACCUAGUCCCACUCACUCAACCCGCUUGUCUUAGAUCCUUUCAACACCCUUACUCAACCCCAUUCACUCAGACGUAUUCACCUACUCCCUCACUCAGCCUCCUUACACAUUCUCACUCACUCAGGCCCUUCACACAGCCCUCUCACUCUACCCCACUCAGCCCUCUCAGUCCUCGCAGCCCCUCUCAUAUCAUCCCCAACACUCCUUUCCAGUCUCUUUUCCAUACCCAAACAAACCCAGUAGGCUCCCAAUACCCCUCCCCCCCCACAAUCAUCAGCCCUGUCCGACCAACACCCUUCCCUCCUGCUAACAUGGGGGUGGGUACAGGCGCCUCCCUCCCCCUCUCCCUCCCCUUCCUGCUGGGUCUGCUGCUGCUGGAGGGGACUGGCGCCUUCCUGCUGAACCCCCUGCAGGUCGUAAGGUCCAUCUUCCCCCACAAGAGGAACCUGACGGAGAGGGAGGAAGCGGGGAUCAGAGGCGGAAUGUUCGCUGUUGGGGCCGCCUUCCUCCAGGCGGGCUCGGCUGUCUACAUUGCUAGACAUUUGUACCGCGAAGUAGCUGCCAAAUACAGUGAGGAGGACGAGGACGACUACGACGAGGAGGACGACGACUACUACGAUAAUGGGGGCGAGGAGGACGAUGAAGACUACGGCAGUGACGACGAGGAGGCUGACGAGGCGGCAAACAACGACUACCGUGAUGACUACGAGAACGAUGACUCCGACGACGGGCACGAAGGAGAGGGGCGAUUCCCAGGAGAGUUUAUUGAGGACCUUAUCAACAUCAGGCCCUUCAGACGAGCCCAUCACCCCUCCCCCGGCACCCCCCCGCGCCCAGCUGCCACCCACCACCCCUCCCAAACCACCCAGCCUCAUGUUCCCCCUCCCCUAAAACCCGUCCACCCUUAUUCCCUUCCUCCCCCAGCGGUCACCCAUCCCUCCUUCCCCGCCACCCACCCUCAUGCCCCCCUUACCCCAGCUGCCGCCCAUCACACACACCCAUCCACCCACAAACUAUAUCUUUCUCCCCCGCCUGCCACCCACCACCCCUUCCCCAUCACUCACCCUGCAAGCAAACAAUCCCACCCAAAGCCCCCUUCCCGCCCUCUACAGUCUCAACGCCGUUAAAGAUUCAACCCCGUCCUCCUCCAACUCCUUCAUCGUAGCCUGCCCGGGACGUAUAUUUCCCAAGUCUGUACGGGUAUGUGGUGCCUGGAUUCCCACAGCCAAUUAUCACUGUUUCAGCUCGUGACGUCUCAUGUGGGCGGGGCUUAGGAGACCGCUGGAGAUCAAAAUAUUUUGUCUUCCAAAACAAGACUCGUUAAAUAAAUGCAUAUAUUAGGGAAGCACAAAUAAUAGUAUUAAAUUCGGCCCUGAUUACACCUGGUUACCAGUAUUAUUACGCAAAAAUUAAUCUCAAUGUAACUAUAAUUCUGAGGGUUUCUUUCUCCUUCUUUUCCUCCUCCUCAUCCGCUUCCUGUGUUCUAACUCAUCGUGGCAGGAAGCGAGAUAGUUCCCAGAUAUGUGUUAUCUGAUUUUAGCCUUACAGGAGAGAGGUUCCUAUGACGCCACGCAGGAGAGAUGGAUUUCCUAAGUUAUUUUACCAAUGGAAAUUCACGUUCGUCGGGAAUAUGCACAUAUCAGCACACGAUAUUUUUUUUUUUAUGGAGAAACUCGUGUAUUACGCAGCAAGACUAGAGGAACAUGAGAAAAGAAAGCACAAAUAAUAACAUAAUAGUAGAUUUACCUUAAAACAUACAAGCAGCCUAAACAAGU